CUUGCUCUGUGGAAGUGUACGAAGGGUGCGCGGAGGGUUCAGUCUCGCUUGAGCAGCAGUAGCAGGAGGUUGGUUAGCGUGGGUUGUGCGCCAUGGAGGCCUCCGAGUCCUUCUUGGCUCCCUGGACGGGGUUCUUCUACUGGGUCGGGGUGGCGGGGACCGCGUACUGGGCUCUCCUGCUGCUCCGCUACCUGAGGUACAUCGUCCGCGUGUGGGUCAUGGGAGACCCGGGGGCGGUAGGCCCACACCUGGGCGCCUGGGCAGUUGUGACUGGAGCUACUGAUGGAAUUGGAAAAGCCUAUACAGAAGAGUUAGCAAAGCGUGGCUUGAAGGUGGUUCUUAUCAGCAGAUCUCAGGAAAAGCUGAAUCAGGUUGCCAGUGAUAUAAGGGAUAAAUUCAAGGUGGAAACAAAAACUAUUGUUGCUGACUUUCAAGAUCGAGAAACAAUUUACAGUAACAUAAAAGCAGGCCUGGAAGGCCUUGAGAUUGGUAUCUUAGUAAACAAUGUGGGUGUUUCGUAUUCUUAUCCUGAGAGCUUCCUUGAUGUCCCAGACCUAGAUAAACUAAUUGACAACAUGAUAAACAUUAAUUGCAUAUCUGUGUGCAAGAUGACACAAUUGGUGUUGCCUGGCAUGCUGAAAAGGUCUAAAGGAGUCAUAGUAAAUGUGUCAUCGAUAUCUGCAGUUAGUCCAACUCCAUUUUUAGCUGUUUAUUCAGCAACCAAGGCAUUUGUGAAUUACUUCAGUCACUGUCUCAACGUAGAAUACAGAAGGAAGGGUAUCAUUGUGCAGAGUCUUGUGCCAUAUUUGGUGGUUACAAAUAUGUCUAAGCUUCGUAAAGCAAGCCUUUUUAGACCUAUGCCUGGGUGGUUUGCAAAAUAUGCCAUCAAUACAGUUGGCCUUGAGUCUGAAACUGCUGGAUACCCGUAUCAUGAGUUGUGGGUCUGGCUUAUACACAUGCUGCCUAGAUGGGUAGUUGACCAGAGCUCCACAAGACUAGCUGCUAAAUCAAAACAUAAUUUGUUGAAGAAACAGAAGGCAAACUAAGUGAUAGCAUCUUGAGAAGUUCCUCAGAAGUUUUGUACCUGCAUUUAAGACACUGAAUACUUUUUAAUCUCUUAAAUUCUUGACAAGUUUUUUAAAAGGGGGCAGACCUGAGAUUGGCAUGAAUGAAGUAAAUUCUGAGGGCACAGGCAAAGCAAUAUAAUAUAAUAAUAUUAAACUUUAUUUAUACCCUGCCACCAUCUCCCCAAUGGAGACUCGGAGCGGCUUACAUGAGGCCAAGCCCAAACAAUAAAAUUACAAUAAAAUAAGACCAAAAAUGGAAACCGAAAGCACAACAACAUAAUUACAUGAAACAUGUGAAUAAAUAACGAUACAAAAUUACAAUAACACAAUCACAAUGACAGUGGGCGGGCUACAUGUAAUUAUUAAAAGAAAGACUCAUUAAAAUUGGUUAAAAACUUGGGUGAGAUAAAAGAGAAACCUACUUGUAUACUUUGUCAUUCUGCACCAUUGUUUUAUGUAUUUUAGAUAAGAUUUGAACAAUAAUUAGUAUUCCUAGUUACUAAUUUUACUGAAUUUAUCAUCAGAAAGGUUUGAAAAAAUAUGUGUGAGAAAUUUGGUAGAAGUCUAAAUAGAACAUUAUUGGAAUUGGGAACAAACCAUUGCUGUUCGAUUUGAGCUAAUCUGUGCAGUAUUUUCUUAACUAAUAAUAUAUUUUUAUUUGUUUUGUGCAUUACAAAAAUGACACACUGAAUUUGGACAAAUUCUUUUCCUAUAUGUUGGCCUUGGUGUGUUUGUCUUGUCAGCUUUUGAAUAUCCAUCAUAUAAAUGACCUUUUAGUUAAUGGAGAGGAGGGAAGAAAGUAAUCCUUGUAGUUAAUGGAGAGGAGGGAAGAAAGUAAUCAAAACUUUCUUACUGAUGUUGAGGUGAAGUAAUGAUGAUAUUGUGGACUGGACUGUUAACUUUGCAGAUAUAGCCGCCACUCCACAACUUCAGUCCUGUAAAUAUGAAACUGCAGUUUCAUAUGUAAUUUAGGUGAGGAAUUUCCUUGAUGUCUGAAUUGAUUUCAUAUAUUCAGUAUAGGUUAUUCCUUUUAAUAAAAAGUUAUCAUGGGCCACACAGGGCGGGCAUUUAUAUUUGUCUUUCAACAUUUAAAUAUAACAGACUAUAGAAAUUGACACAAACAUUGCAGUUACCCUGUAUGUGACUGGCUUGGAUUGAGAAAUGUGCAAAAAUUGUUUCCUUUUUUGUUCCUGGGAUCUGGGAGCCUUUUAAUCAAGUUGUAGGAUGGGGUGCAGAUAAUUACAAGAAGUGGGUAGCAUCUUGUACAAGUACGGCUACCCUUUUAUACAAGAACACUAUUAAAGCCAAUCUUGUAUUGAUACUUGAAGUACAGUAAAAUACAGUGCAUGAAAUAAACUUCUUUAUCACAAAUACAUUGGUCUUAGGUUACAGAUUCAGAUUCAUAUUAAAGUACAUCUUUCUAACCCAAUAAAAUUCUUUUUCCUGUCUUUUCAUGUUAAUUAUGAUUUAAAUUCUAAUUCCCAAUGCUUGCACUGUUCAGCUGAAGUCAAAUACGAUAUUUUUGGCUCAAAUGGACAGAAAAUGCUAUGACCAUGUCCUUUCAUUUUUUGUUGAAAACAAGUUUAUCAGGACUGUUUUCAUUGUAUUUUCCUGCAUAGCAGGGGGUUGGACUAGAUGGCCCUUCUGGUCUUUUCCAGUUCUAUGAUUCUAUCUCUACAUGACAAAGAGUAAAUGAGCUCAAGGUUGAAAGCAAAUAAUCUCAUGAGGACUAGGGAUAGCUGAAGAAUGGCAGAGUGGGAAAGAGGAGAUUUGCUUCCAUCAUUCCAUUUGAAGUUUGGUGUCUUGGAUCAACCAUCAUUGCCAGAAAUGUAUAUACAGAGCGUUGAUUCAUGUAUGUUGAGCACAUUUAUUGAUACUAGAACCUCUAAUAUCAAUUCCUUAUGAAGGAAUAAUUUAAGUCUGAUCUGAAAGUGAAUGUGUGUUUAAAUAUUGUACAUAAAAAUAAACGAAAACCGAUGCAAUGGUGCUGAUCAGGAAUGAGAAACAAGUUUGGGAUUUUUUUAAAUAGAGUGUUAUUUUGGACACAUUUGGAUUUUAGCUACACAGAGCUACUGUUAAGAUUGUUGGAAGCGGGAAAAUUGUAUUUGAGAUUGCUGGAAUGCCUAUGUAAUUGAUUGCUUUUUUCUAAUCUAUUCUAUAAAACAUUAAACUUAGACUAAAAAUGAGAA